AUGCGGUUUUCCCCAACCAUGUUACUCUCACAGUUGAGAUUGGGUCGGAGAGCAGCCUCUUCGCGCCGCUUCUUCGCCGUCUCUGCUCUGAGCCCUAAUCUCUCAGACUCUGAACAACACCUUAAAGUCGGUAACUUUGAUUUCAAUCGAGUCCUGAAUAGUUCCAGAAAUGACCCAAAUCUCGCUCUGUCGUUCUUGGGACAGCUUAAGCAACAUGGGGUUUCGCUUAAUGUUAAUGCAUACGCAACUCUUGUCAUACUUCUUUCUAGCUGGGGUUUGGACAGGAAGUUAGAUUCGGUAUUAGUGGAACUUAUUGGAAACGAGAAGCGUGGUUUCUGUGUCAUGGAUUUGAUAGCUUCUAUUGGAGAAGAAGCUGAGGAGGAUAAAAGGUCCUUGCUCUUGGUCCGAGUCUCCAGUGCCUUGGCCAAAGCUUACGUUAGUCUUCGGAUGUUUGACGAGGCUAUCGAUGUUUUAUUCCAGAGUAAUCGCCUGGGUUGUGUCCCGAGUAUCAAGGCCUGCAAUUUCUUGAUGAACCGUUUGAUUGAGUUUGGUAAAACUGAUAUGGUGGUUGCUCUUUUCCGGCAACUUAAGCAGCUGGGACUGGAUGCCAAUGGGUACACUUACGCAAUUGUUGUCAAGGCAUUGUGUAGGAAAGGCGAUUUAGAAGCAGCAGCUAAGUUGCUUGAGAUGACUCCGAUCGUGUUUGCUUAUACGACUUUCAUCGAAGGACUUUGUGCAAAUCAGAAGACAGAACAAGCUGUUGUUCUGGUCAAAGAAUUGAUAGAUAUGAAAGCUCUGGCUGGUAAUGACCUUGAAACUGCGUAUAGCAUGGUGGUCCGCGGCUUCUGUAAUGAGAUGAAAAUAGAAGCUGCCGAGAGCGUUAUUCUUGAAAUGGAGAAAGCUGGGAUUGGUCCUAAUGUUUAUGCUUGCUCAUUGAUAAUUGAUCGACAUUGCAAGAACAUGAACUUACCUGAAGCUAUGGGUUUUCUAAAUGCAAUGUUGGAAAAAGGACUCAAACUAAAUUGUGUGAUCGUAAGUUCAAUCCUUCAGUGCCAUUGUAAAAUGAAAGAGUAUAUGGAAGCAUUACAAAAGUUCAAAGAAUUUAAAGACAGGAAGAUUUUCCUGGACAGGGUUUGUUACAAUGUCGCAUUUGAUGCUUUGAGCAAGCUUGGCAGAGUGGAAGAAGCUAUUGAGUUGCUCCACGAAAUGAUGGAUAAAGGAAUGGUUCCUGAUGUCAUCAACUACACAACUCUGCUAGAUGGCUACUGCCUUCGAGGUAAAGUUGUUGAUGCCCUUGACUUGAUUGAUGAUAUGAGAGGAAGUGGUAUCUCUCCUGAUGUAAUCACAUACACUGUGCUUGCCGGUGGAUUUGCCAGGAAUGGUCAUGCUAAAGAGGCACUUGUUAUUUAUGAAACUAUGAAAGCUGAGGGUCUAAAGCCCAAUGCUGUCACACACAAUGUGAUGAUUGAAGGCUUGUGCUCUGCCCGUAAAAUAGAGGAAGCCGAAGAUUUCUUCAUGAGUCUGGAAAACAAAUGCCCAGAAAACUAUUGCAGUUUGGUGAAAGGUUACUGUGAAUCUGGCCUUUCUAAAAAAGCCUUUAGACUGUUCAUUGAACAAGAAUUCCCUAUGCGGAAGAGUGUGUACUUCAAACUAUUCACUAAUCUCUGCAUUGAGGGUUAUCUCGACAAAGCGCUCGCCGUAAUGGAAAGAAUGUGGGUUUAUGGAAUUGAACCUGGGAGGAGCAUGUAUGGUAUAAUGAUUGGGGAAUUGUGUAGGUUAAACAAUGCGACAGAAGCCCAGCUGUUAUUUGACACAAUGGUUACGAGAGGACUCAUUCCUAAUCUAAUUACUUAUACAAUUAUGAUUCACACCUACUGUAGGUUAAAUGAGUUACAGAAAGCCGAUGAUCUGUUUGAGGACAUGAAGCAGAGAGGAAUAAAACCUGAUGUAGUUACAUACACAGUUUUGCUUGAUAAAUAUCUGAAGUUGGAUCCAGAGCAUCAUGAAACAUCAUGUUCUGUUCGAGGAGAAGUGCGGAAAAGGAAAACUUCAGAAGUUUGGAGAGAAUUCACAGCUGCCGGUAUUGGACUAGAUGUUGUAUGCUAUACUGUUUUGAUAGAUCGUCAGUGCAAGAUUCACAACCUAGAAUAUGCCACAAAACUCUUUGAUCGAAUGAUAAACAGUGGGCUGGAGCCUGAUAUGGUGACUUACACAGCUCUAAUAUCUGGUUAUUGUCGGAAAGGAUACAUAGAUAAGGCAGUCACAUUUUUUACGGAAUUGUCAAGAAAGGAUAUUUCACCAACUGGAGAUCUGGUGGCUGCUGCAGUUAAGAUUGCUACUUUGAAUGAAGGAUUAUAA